AGUUUUCCUUGUGUAGAGCUGGUGAAAAGUGGACCUCGGGAGUGUAGCAGCUGCUGCCUGUUAAUGGUCUUGGUCCCCCAUCAUAAGACUUCAUCAGUCCUGCUUUCCAAGACCAACUUCUCUAACAACAAUGAUUUUCGGGCUCUUCUGCAAUCUCUUUAUGCCACGUUCAAGGAAUUUAAAAUGCAUGAGCAGAUUGAAAAUGAGUGUAUUAUUGGUUUACUUCAGCAACGUAGCCGGACGGUGUACAAUGUACACUCGGACAACAAACUCUCAGAGAUGCUUAGCCUCUUUGAGAAGGGGUUAAAGAAUGUAAAGAAUGAAUAUGAACAGCUAAACUAUGCGAAACAGCUGAAGGAGAGAUUGGAAGCCUUUACCAGGGAUUUCCUUCCUCACAUGAAAGAGGAAGAGGAGGUUUUUCAGCCAAUGUUGAUGGAAUACUUUACUUACGAAGAAUUGAAAGAUAUUAAGAAGAAAGUAAUUGCACAGCAUUGCUCACAGAAGGAGGCUGCAGAAUUCAGAGGUCUUAGUAAGUGGAAUCAAGCAGAAGAGCUUCAGAAGGUCUUUAAAUAUUCUGUGGAUGAGAAGGCGGAUCAAGAAACCGAAGUAACAGGGCACACCACAAAUAUUACUAAUCUUCCUCCUGAAGUAAUGCUGACCAUUUUCAGUUACCUUAACCCCCAAGAGUUAUGUCAGUGUAGUCAAGUAAGCACUGAAUGGUCGCAGUUGGCUAAAACUGGAUCUCUCUGGAAGCAUCUUUACCCUGUUCGCUGGGCCAGAGGUGAUUGGUAUAGUGGUCCUGCGGCAGAUCUUGAGAUGGAACCUGAUGAGGAAUGGGUGAAAAAUAGAAAAGAUGAGAGUCGUGCUUUCCAGGAAUGGGAUGAAGAUGCUGACAUAGAUGAAUCUGAAGAAGCAGCUGAAGAUUCACUUGCCAUUAAUAUAGCACAAAUGGAAAAACGUUUACUUCAUGGCUUAAUUCAUAACGUCCUCCCGCAUGUAGGCUCCUCAGUGAAGACAUUAGUGUUGGCCUACAGUUCUGCAGUGUCUAGCAAAAUGGUUAGACAGAUCUUGGAGCUUUGCCCCAAUUUGGAAUAUUUGGAUCUCACUCAAACUGAUAUUUCAGACUCUGCAUUUGAAAGCUGGUCUUCAGUUGGUUGUUGUCAAAAUCUACGCCACCUUGAUCUGUCUGGAUGUGAAAAAAUCACAGAUGUGGCUAUCGAGAGGAUUUCCAGAGCACUGGGUAUCAUAUCAACUCACCAUAACAGAGGUAUUCUGAAAAGCUGCAGAAACAGGAAUGCUAAGACUUUGUGGAAAAACAGAGAGAGUACUCUGCAGCCCAACAAGAAGCAUAAUUGUUUGCAUGAAAUCAACAAUGAAAACCUCAUUGAGGGAGGAGAUCGUGGGCAGCAUUGGACUAAGCCUGACGGCUCAGAAAACUUCAGUCCUGCUUAUGUGUGGAUGCUAGAUGCAGAUGACUUGGCUGACAUCGAAGAUGCUGCAGAGUGGAGACACAGAAAUGUUGAAGGAUUUUGUCUUACAGAACCAACAUCCCAUAUUAAUUGCUCUGCAUCUUGCUACAGUAGAGACAUUUAUGGAUUAAGGACUAGAGGGUGGCAGCAGCACUGUGCUUCUACUGACUUGAUUUACUGCAGUCACUCAUUUUGUUGUGCUGGGACAGCACUAAGAACUAUUCGAGCACUUCCAGAGUCCUCUGCACUGUGUAAAAAACCAACAAGGACUAAGCAGUCAGAGAAAAAAGACUUGGCAUACUCUGGGAGUGACAAAACAGAUGAAGAGACUGCACGAAUUCUUCAGUUUCUCAGUCUGUCUGGAUGUUACCAGAUCACAGACCGUGCUCUCAGGGCGUUGACUCUGGGAGGAGGACUGCCGCAUUUGGAACACCUUAACCUCUCCGGUUGUCUCACUGUAACUGGUGCCGGCCUGCAGGAUUUAGUUUCUGCAUGCCCUUCUCUAAAUGAUGAACACUUUUACUACUGUGACAACAUUAACGCUUAUCAGGGAUUGUUUUCGGGGAAGGAGAUAUGUUCUGGUAUCAUGUUGGAACACCCACCGGUCUUGCAGAACAAAAAAUGGAGCCAGCAGCAUGGAAUUUAGCCAUCUCUGAAUAAUAAAGAUACCACUCUGUCAUCUGUUGACAUAUAAGGGCUUUACUUUCACCUGCAGCCUAUUUUCAGAUUAUUUUUCUUCUCCUAUAAACACUGAGCCUAAGGGGGGUCCUUGCACACAGCUUCAUUGGAUUUUCUUUGUGAAGGAUUUGCUGGACUUGUUUGGUAGGCAUGUUUGUUUGCAGUUCUCAGAUUUUCAUUGCAAGUGCUGCUCUGACUGUAGCUGCUCUACCCUGUUAGGAGACUAAAAGUAAGAAGGUAGGGGAGCUGUGGUUAGACAGAUUCGCUCGGGUCUGUGUCGCAGACUGCUGUUGCCCAGCAGUAACAUGAUGCAGUUUUCAUGAGCGGAGACCAUGAAUUUGCACACACUUCCAAAUUUAUUUUCUGUUUGUUUACUGUUAGUAUGACUUGAGUUCUUGGUUUGCAUCCUCAUGUUCAGGAUCUCUACCUGUGUUCUGCUCAGCACUGGAGACUUGGAGUUAGAUAACCCUCAGCUGCAGCUGAAAACAAAUCUGUCAGUACACACCCCUUCUAAUUGCUGAUUUUGUUUUCUGUCUAAAACACAUCUGAUUGUAAAUCACACUGAACUCGGAAGAGUUUAAUGUUUGAGUUGCCUCUUGCACUUAGAAGUUUAUAUUUCCCCACAGGCUGUUUUGUCCAGCUGUGUUCAAUCUCCUUACUGUAUUCUCAGUUCUAAAGCCUGGAGUGCUGUCAGCUUCAGGAUGAGAGAAAUAGGGCUCCCCGAUUUCUGCAGCAGUAGCUCUUUGCAGCUUUAAAGUAUGAUUCAGUUUCUAGAGUUUUUUGAUGAUGUAGUCCUCAGGUGCUAUAAUUAAAGAAAUAGGGCAUUAAUGAAAUAAAGUUGUGGUGAUUCUGAUGAUUCAUACUCUUCUGGCAUUUAGAAAUUCAUUGGUCAUAGUUUGAUCUGUCUCCCAGCAAUGGAGCCAAGACUUCGCAAUUUCUGUUAAGAUUUGUGGACUCCUGUGUGCAGAUCUGUAUGGGAAUGCAUUGUUGUUAGACUUUGAGUGUUUGGUCUCUCUUUAAAUUCUACAGAUAACCAAGGUGCUCUCAUAAAGGUCUGCAAGUGUAACUUUACCAAAGGCUGAGAGAGAGUAGCACUUAGUAAACUUGGAUUUGAAUUUAACAUUGCCUUUUUCUAUUUUUUUUUUUAAAGCUAGUGCUUAAUUUGAUCACUUUUUUGGUAAUUCCCCUGUAACGUAUUGCUCUUGCUACACCACCAUCAAAUACGGUAUGCAGUGUUGAUGAUGGAGACUUGCUGGUGGUGGCUGUGAAAAAGAAGCUGUCUUGCUGUCCCUCCUUUGUGCUCCUCCUGGCUCAUUCUUACUGCCUUCCUGUGGCCAGCAUUAGUCUUUGCGUGGCUACUUGGUAAACUUGGUCAAGAACUGGGGUAACUGAAAGCCUUCCCCACCCCCGCCUUCCUAGAUGGAUCAGGCAUCCAUCUUGCUGUAGACCACAUGAAUGUUUCUGCUGCUGCAGGUGAGAGCUAGAACAAGCGGCUGAAGGGAUGUGGUGGUGGCGGCUGGUUGUCCUGGAUGGAGUUGCUCUUUCGCCACGGUCUUGGUCUGGGUUUCGUGUAUUCUUGGUGGAAUGCUGACCUUCUUUCUAGCAAAUUUUGACUAAUUUUUGUUUCACUAGUACACGUAACAAAACGGAGUAAUCAAAUAGCUAUGCUCCUUUCUUACAUUGCAAGAUGCUGUUAUAUGUACUUUAUCUGAAAACAUUGCGAGCUGUUCCUCCUGAGUAGACAGAUGUCUAUUCUGGGUGGCCUGAAGCUUCUGAGUAAUCAGAUGUGCAUGUAAAGGCAGUGCAAUGGUCCAGCUCAGAGGUAACUAAACCAGUAAUGUAGACUGUGGCAGGUUAGAUGAGAAUCUGAUUAACUUUGCUUUCCCAGGUGAGCCAGCCCAAAACACAUUUAAUUUAGGCACAUCACUGCUAGCACUCAUUAAGGCUUUGCAGUCAGUAGGAAAAGGGAGACCCUUCCAAAAGUGAUUCAGCCCCGCUGUAAGGUCUGAAGCGACCACCUCGUUCACUGGACAAUAUGAUGGGAACUGUCUGCUUACAGACCAUAUAGCUUAACCAGGUGCAUCAGUGAGGUGAGGUGAGUUGGAGACCUUGUGUACAGAGUCCAGCGAAAAGAGGAGAGAGUGGUUUUUGGCAAGAUUAAAGAGGCCGUUUGAAUUUAAACAGAGUUUGAAAACAAAGUCCGGUCUGAAUGAGGUCAGUCGCAAAGACUGGGGAAAUCAGAGAUUAGGAAGCCAAAGUCAUUUGUAGUAAAUAAAGCUAGGGAAACACAAGCAGGCUCUGGGGCUGUCAAAUCAAAGGCAUUUCAAUUUUGCUAUCUGUAUCAAAUGUAAAAAGAACAAGCUAAGGAGGGCUACAGCAUUUAUAGAGGAGGUAAAUGACCUGUGAUGGAGGAGAUCAGUUGCCAUGUCAAAACAUGGGCGAAACGAGUCAUAACCAAACAGCCUUGCUGUUAAAACAGCCAUUUUUUCAGGUGAUGCAGUUUACUUAAAAGCGUCCAGGUUUUUGAAAUUUUAAGUUGCGAUAAGACUCGUUUAAAUUUAAAACCUGAAAGCUAAUUAAAGUAUAGGAAGAAUGGGCAGGGCUUAAUGGCCACUGCUCAGGAUGGGCAGGAAUCUGGGAGGUGAUGGGUCUCUCUCCGUCCCCCCCCCAGGAGUGCUGUGCUGCGAUCAGUCUUACUCAGCAGUUCCACCGCUGUUGUGGCGUAAGGAAUGCAGGCAGUAAUCACCGAGCUCUUGAGAGGUGCUGAGCUGCCUCAAGUAACGAUACUGGUGCUGGUUUCCAGAAGGACCUCUGAUGAGCUCCAGUACAGCUGUAUGCAUGGUUGUAUCUCUGGGUGGCUGGGAGUAAUCAAACUAUGAUUGCAUGAAACUGGAAUUCGGAGCUGGCAGUUGCAGCAUGGAGACAAUGAUUUCAGAGAGCUGUCGGUGCUAAUUCUGAGAUCUUUCCUGCCUGCAGCAGCAGCCAAAAAAGCCACCAGUGUUACACAUCGUCAGGGUGUUGAGAACAAGCUGGAGGGUGUUGCUGCAAGGUCCUGGAAGCCUUGGGGCACUCAUGCAAUGCCCUUUUGGUCUCCCCAUCUCGAGGAGCAUAUGUGGUGGAGUUACAGAAGAUACAGGAGAGGUCUACCAAGAAGCGCUAGGGAACUGGGCGGGUGUCAUGCAAGGAGACGCCCAACAGACCGGAAUGUUCCAGUAUGGGAAUGAGAAGGCAGGAGGGGGGAUGACUGCUUGCAGAACUGGGAAGGCAGGAGAUGGGGUGGAUGUGCAGCAGUAACCCUCCGAAUGCUGCAGCAUUUGAGCUCGGCAACAGCAGGUGAAAUGGGUAGGCGGCUGAUUUA